ACUAGUGUUUAUGAUGUAUUAUGUAUCUGUUGAAAGCCAAGAAAAGAGUUGCUCAAGGACCCUCGCCUAUCCCUGCUGAACACGAUCGUAUACUGCCUCCAAAUAGCGAAAGAUACAAAAACAGACAACCCCAAAUAGAUACAAAUGGAAAGCUACCUGGCAUCGUCAAACAUUGCAAGUACAUUGGAACGUUCAAAGUAAGAAAUGGUUUGAGCAGCGAAGCCAGAGCAAGUGCCAUCAAGCAGCACUUAGCCCCUUUGAUGGCAGAGUACAAAUCAAAAUCCCGUAAAGACUACAAGCUGGUAGCCUUACAAAUGUUGGACCAAGGAGUAAAAGUUCUAAAUAAAGAAGUUAAUUGCGUAUUAAUGGCUCACGCCCUCUCGAGGAUAUCAUACUCUGUGGCCGAACCUAAAGAUGGACUCCUAGCAUUCGCUGCCAAAGACCCUGAGGGUGUCAACUCGCAGACCUAUUGCCAUGCUUUUAUAUUCGAUAAUCCCAAAGAGGCUAGUGAGAUAAACACAACGUUGGGUAACGCGUUUAGACUAGCGUACUGUAAGAGGACCCUGAAACGCAGGACUAAAUGUGAUACUACUUCACAGCACACUAAUAGUAGUAGUAGUACCGGUACCAGCGACAGCGCUGCAAUCCUCCGCAAACGAUCCAACGUCUGCCAGAACACACCUCGACAACAACAACCAAAUGGGAACUGCCAGAGAAACAAGAUAACCACAUGUAACGGUGGUAACCAUGGUAACCAUGGUAACAACCACCAUGGUAACGCUACUCCACUGGGUAACGGUAACCAUGGGUUACGGUUAGAAGGGUUGAAGUCGGGGGAGCAGUUAUCAAGGAACAGUGCCAAGUCCCCUGCUUUCUCAAACCAUGACAGGUACCAGGCAGAUAUAAAGCACCUCCAGGACCUGGACCCAGAGUCUCGUAUAAAAGACUGGCUCCACGACGUGUCUCCUGUUAAUAUAAAUACUGAACAGGACGCGUCUCCUAUCUACCCGGACCAAGUAGGAAAGGGGCGAUGUCAGCGCAGUGGCAGCUGCGUCCCAGUUUCCACUGCAGUGGUUCAACAGGAACAACUGAGGCGGCCCAGCCGUAUUUGCGAGGACCAGAUGACCAUCCCUCAGGAGCUGAAAGAACAGGAGUGGUUCCAGGCUGGCAUUCCUAGGCACAUAGCUCUGGAAUGUCUCAGUAUGGAAUGUGAGGGCGCCUUCAUCGUCCGUAAUUCUCAGACUCACAAAGGGUGCUACGCGUUAUCACUACGGGGUCCGGGUAGAGGCUCCUCCGGUACCUACCACUACUUAAUAUCACAGAACACUGACGGCUACUACUUCCAGGGUGGCGGACGAGUGUUUCCAGACCUAUCAUCUUUGAUACAUCAUCACUGCUAUGAAAAAGAAGGACUAAUUUGCAAGCUGUCAAUGAACCGCAAUAACCCUCUAUACGGUGACGAGCCAGACAGCAGCGAUUUCGAUGAAGAAGAUCCGGACUACGACGAGCCACCUAACGCCGGAUUUACCACCCUGUUACCUGCUCAUCAAUGACGUCAUUAAGAUGAAGUAAUGACGUCACGUGAUCCUUGCCACUGUUAACCUGUUGAAGUCACGUGGUGUUGUGAUGACGUCACGUGGCGUUGCGAUGACGUCACGUUUUCAAUGGACUACCCGACUUAUAGUAGUACAACUAUUAUAUUGUGUUAGUUGUAACCUUUGAGCAGAGAUUAUGAAACUUGAUAAUAACCAAACCAUUACCUAAAGUGAACUACACUAAUUUAGUGAUGUAAAACCUGUACAACAUAUUAUAAACUUGUCACUGAUUGGAUACACUGAGAUGUUGUUAUUACAUUAUUAGGAAAAUUAUUGCAGUUAUUAUUCUUGAAUCUAAACACUAUUUGAAGUAGGAUACAUGUUAAACUUCCGAUUUUGAUGUUCCAGGUUCGGUGAAUGUUUGAUAUUUUGAUAAUUAUUACUUUAAGUUCAUAAUUUUUUCUAAUCUUUUGAACUCUUACUCUCAGUAAACAUAUUAUGAACGUUUUUUGACGAUAUUUGUCAAAUAUCGUCAAAUAUCAUAUUUAAGUUAAACUGGUACGCGCUGGCCUGGCACCCACCAUGAUAUUACCAGUAAAAGGUUAAAUUAUAAAAAUUCACGUGAAACAGUGUGAUGCAGCACAAGCAGUGUGGUGCAGCACAAGCAGUGUGGUGCAACACAAGCAGUGUGGUGCAACACAAGCAGUGUGGUGCAACACAAGCAGUGUGGUACAAGUACAACACAAGCCGUGUGCUGCAGCACAAGCAGUGUGGUGCAGCACACGCAGCGUGGUACAACACAAGCAGUGUGGUGCAGCACAAGCAGUGUGGUACAACACAAGCAGUGUGGUGCAGCACUGAGCACAGGCAGUGUGGUGCACGUGCUGAGUAACUUGUAUAAACUACGUUUCUGUUUACAGUGCAAUUAAAUUAAAUUUACAGAGCAAUAAAAAGUCCUUCUAGUUCUUUGCAUGCGCGCCUUUGAUUGUAAUUUAACACUCUCAUAGUCAGUUGUAAGGAAGUUUUGUUUAUACGUCACAUUAAAACUGUAAUCUCGAUCAAAGUUCACUUUGGAGUGAUCAAUGAUAAUUGAUAUGAUACAAAUUUGUCCAGUUUUGGAAUUAAAUAGCCUUGCCGGAUCAACGCAAGGUUCGAAUUUUUUGAUGGAAAUGGAAAGUUAGCAGUUGUGGAGUUAAUUGACAAUUAGUUAAUUAGCAAUUAAUCAAUUGAUUAGUUAAUUUAAGUUUUGUAAAACUGAUGUACUGAGUUUAUAAAUGUUUUAUUCUAAUUUA